AUGAAGUUCGUCGCUCUUAUUUCAGGGGGCAAAGACUCAUUCUUUAAUAUAUAUCAUUGCCUUUCAAGGGGUCACGAAUUAGUGGCACUAGCGAAUUUAUAUCCUAGGCAAGCUGACACUGAUGAGAUCGAUUCUUACAUGUUCCAGACAGUGGGGCACGACAUUGUUGAGCUUUACGAACAGUGCUUGAAUGUACCUUUGUAUCGAGAGCAGAUUAAAGGCACAUCUUCAAAUCAAAACCUUGAGUAUUCUGUCACGCAGGAGGAUGAAAUUGAAGACUUGUAUAGACUCCUAUGUCGUGUAAAGUUGGAACAUCCAGAUAUAAAAGGAGUUAGUUGCGGAGCGAUACUAUCUCAUUAUCAACGUACGAGGGUAGAGAAUGUGUGCGGGAGGUUACUGCUCACUUCCCUUUCAUACUUGUGGCAAAGAGACCAGCUAGAAUUGCUACAAGAGAUGUGUGACAACAAUUUGGAUGCAAGAUUGAUCAAAGUUGCAGCAAUUGGUCUUGAACCCGAUAGCUUAGGUAAAUCUUUGUCUGAAAUGCUUCCAACUCUAAUAACACUCAAUUCCACAUACGAUGUACAUAUAUGUGGUGAAGGUGGCGAAUUUGAAACAAUCGUCCUCGACGCGCCUUAUUUUAAAAAGAGAUUGGAACUUGUGGACAGCCAGAUAUCUCAAGAUGGUGACGUGGCUUAUCUUAAGGUGAAAGCUAAGGUAAUAGAUAAAGAGAAUGUAUCAUUUAAAUUACUGGACCCACCACCAAAUGUUCUCGAUGCUGACUUCACAGAUAUAUACUCUUGUCUCGCUAGUACAUCUACUUCCAAUGAGUCCACUAAUAUUACCUUCAAUAAAAUAGAUACUCUGCCAUCUAUCACUUCUACAAAGACUAAGCUAUAUGUUUCUAAUUUGACAAGUCAAAAGUCUACAAUUGAAGAGCAAACUACAGAUAUUUUUCACGAACUUACGGCUAUUUUACAAAAAUACAAUUCGUCAUUAGACAACAUUCAGCAUGUCACUUUGUUGCUUUCGGAUAUACUAAAUUUUGAAAAAAUAAACGGUAUAUACGAGCAAGCGUUUAAAAAAUACUUUCUCCCACCAUCUAGAAUAUGCGUGGAAACUAGUUUAUCUACAUUGGUUCACUUUUCGUGCAUCGUAUUAAAACACCAGGGCAUCAAGAAGGGACUUCACGUUCAAUCAAGAUCUUACUGGGCGCCUCAGAACAUCGGUCCAUACUCUCAGAGUGUCAUAGAAGAACUGUCAACUUAUAAAAUUGGUACCUUGUCGGGCCAAAUACCAUUAAUUCCGUCAACUAUGGAAUUGAGUCGUGGAAAUAUCCGAUUCAAUUCGGUUUUAUCAUUACAGCAUUUAUUCAAGGUAAAAAGUCUAAUCAAUUUAAGAAACUACGCUUUUGUUAUAGCUUUCAUUACCAAUAAAGAAAAUCUUUCAACUGUUUGCAAAACCUGGGAACUCGCUCAAUUGAAUGGCAAACAAUUGCUCAUCGUUCAAGUGCAAGCACUUCCCAAGAAGGCAGACGUAGAAUGGGGAGGUAUAUGUUAUGAGAACAUUAUUGAUAUGUACGAUGAUGAGUCACUUGUGAAUCAAUUGAGCGAUCAACAGGCUGAUAUUAUAAGAUCUUUCGAACAACACUACUCAACCGUCAUCGGUAAGGGAGCUUUGCAUAUUGUAGUCUUAUUUACCAAUGACUUUGAGAAAAUUAAGAGAGUCCUGGAAAACAAUACAGAUUCGAUACAGUUAUUCACAAAUCAUUCAAAAAAGUAUCACAACUGCGAAGUUGUGCCUGUCUUGCAUACUUUUAAUUUCGAAGGAAUCCAAUUCAAGUAUGGAGUAAUAUGGAAAAUAGAGAUAAAUAAUUAA